AUGUUGCUGAGGAGCUCGUCCAUGCCAUUCCUAUACCCUUUCCUCUCCUCUUCCCCGUCGUCCCGCCGCUCCUCCCUGCACCUCCGCCGCGCCUUCUCCGACGGCCACCUCCCCUCCCUCCACCUGUCGUCGUGGUCCACCCCCAACGACACCAGCAGCAACCCCAGCGGCGGCCUGCACACCGAGCUCUCCUUCUCCAUCUACAAAACCUUUGAUGGCAAGGGCGAGGUCGUAGCCGCACCGCUGGCGUCGUCGUCGUCGUCCCAGGGACUGGCGGCUCAGCAGGAGCAUCAAGAGGAAGGGGUGAUAGACUUGUAG